CACACACAUCGCCUCUCUCUCCUCCUCUCACAUGUUGUCCAAGAGCUUUUGUUGGUUUUGCCUUCUUAAUUAUAUGCAUGUAGGUUAAAUGAAUACCUGACGAAAAGGCACAGUGUAAUUCGAUAGCUGAGAGGGGAAAAGUGGCUGUAAGCAACCUUUGGAAUUCGCAUUUUCCUGUUUUCGCCUCUGAGAAGAUGAUCACUAGCUCCAGUGUUCAUGGCUUAAAGAUGCAGUGGACCCCAGAGCAUGCGCAGUGGGCUGAACAACAUUUCGACAUCUCAUCCACCACACGUUCCCCAGCACAUAAAGCGGAGGCGUACCGUGGACACCUGCAGCGGACCUACCAGUACGCCUGGGCCAAUGAUGACAUAUCGGCACUGACGGCCUCCAACCUUCUGAAGAAGUACGCAGAGAAGUAUUCCGGUAUCUUGGAGGGUCCCAGUGAGCGGGCGCUCCUGUGCUCAUACUCAGAAAGUGCCCCAGGACUCUUGAAUGGACGCAAGUCAGAGAGUGAUGCAUGGCAAGAGGGGAUCUAUCCAAUGAGCUGUGCUGCAGAUGUGAUUUCUGCAAGUAAGACUGGCAUGACGCCCGCCCUGCCACCUCCAGAUGUGACAGCAAGCGUUGGCAGCUCCACUGGGGUGGCAAGUAGCUUGAGCGAGCCUAGUUACUCCAGCAGCAACUGCGGGAAUCAUGCAUCUGCGCUGCACUCGGGGAUCCCUUCUCAGGAAUUUGCUAGCAGUUACAAUGGCUCGUACUUGCAUUCCACUUACAGCGGCGGUCAAAGCACACCAGCUCUCCCGUCCCCACAUCCCUCACCAUUGCACAGCGCUGGCCUCCUUCAGCCUCCACCCCCACCACCUCCAACCCUGGUGCCCAGCUACAACACAAGUUCCCCCAAUCUCUCAAGUUACAAUUACCCUCCAGCAGGGUAUCCCCCACAGACCCCUGUUGCUCCAGGCUACAGCCCAGGAGGAGCACCCCCUCCUUCAGCUUACUUGCCCUCAGGCAUUGCUGCCCCCACUCCCCUACCUCCUUCCACAAUUCCCGGUUACUCCUACCAAUCCCACAACCAUGCACCAAUUGCACCAACACCUUUGAAUGGCAGCUCGGCCAACACACUGAAAAGAAAAGCAUUUUACAUGACGGGCCAGGGAGAUAUGGACUCCAGUUAUGGAAAUUUCAACUACAGCCAGCAGCGUUCUGCUCAAAGCCCCAUGUACAGAAUGCCAGACAACAGUCUUGUUGACUCAACCAGAGGGAAUGGAUUUGACAGGAACGCAGACACAUCAUCUUUGGCGUUUAAGCCCACAAAGCAGUCAAUGCCCACAGAUCAGCAGCGGAAGUUCGGCAGCCAGGCUGGCAGGGCACUAACCCCUCCUUCUUAUGGAUCUUCCAAAGGUUCCCUGGGGUCCAUGCGGUCAGGAGAGUCAUUUGGGAAGUUCGGUUCUCCAGUUAUGAGUGACCAUGGUGACGACAGCAGACAGCAUCUCCCUCAUUCCAUCGGCACAGCGACUUCAUCCAGCCACCCUGCUGAGGAACAGUUAAAAAAUAGCGAUGCUAGUUUGGUCGAGAUGGUCACCACUGAGAUUCUGCAGCAGACACCCCCUGUGGACUGGAGUGACAUUGCUGGACUGGAGAUGGCGAAAGCCACCAUUAAAGAUGAGGUCCUGUGGCCUAUUCUGAGGCCAGAUAUGUUUAGUGGCUUGGCUACAUUACCUCGCAGCAUCCUACUCUUUGGACCUCAGGGCACGGGUCGAACUCUGCUCGGCCGGUGUAUGGCCAGUCAGCUUGGUGCUGCAUUUCUCCUGCUUAGUGGCUCUGCACUGGUCACAAAAUGGCUGGGAGAGGGUGAGAAGAUUGUCCAGGCCUCAUUUCUCAUCGCUCGUUGCCGGCAGCCUUCUGUGGUUUUCAUCAGCGACGUAGAUCUGCUGCUGUCAUCCCAGUUGAGCGAAGAAAGCCCAGUGAACCGAAUCAAGAGUGAACUCCUCCUGCAACUUGAUGGAGUCCUGAGCUCACCGGAGGAACAUGUUCUAGUGGUAUGUUCCACCAGCAAACCUGAAGAGAUCGAUGAGUCUCUACGAAGAUACUUUGUAAAGCGGUUACUCGUCCCCUUACCGGAUGCCACCGCGCGACACCAGAUAAUCAGCCAGCUGCUCUCACAGCACAACUACUGCCUCAGCGACAAAGAGGUUACGCUGCUCGUUCAGCGGACAGACGGCUUCUCCGGGCUGGAUGUGGUCCGACUUUGCCAGGAAGCCCUGGUCGGUCCUCUCCAUGGCAUGCCUGGCGCAGACCUUUCCGGAAUGAUACCAGGUCAGAUGAGACCGGUAUCAUAUCAAGACUUUGAGAAUGUGUUUUGCAAAAUCCAGCCCAGCAUAUCACAGAAAGAACUUGAUACAUACACUGAAUGGAAUAAGAUGUUUGGCUGUAGCCAGUAAAGAGCAAGGGGGUAACUAAAUCAGUGGGGUGACCUCCCCUACUCUAAGAGGGGAUACAAUUCAGAAUUCUUUGGGUGACACAUGCAGUUAAAAAGUGCGGUUAUUACAAAUGUAGAUGACCCCAAAAGAAGAACCUGAAGGACGGUCAGAUAGAGUUGAAUGAUGCAUGGCUGUACUUAAGUCAAGGUCUGGCCCUUUGCACAUAAUCCAGACAGAGAAAUACUGUUUUCUGGGCUCAGUACUGCAGACGCAGAGCUCCCCUUACCGAGGAACUCUGUAAGUGAGGACAAACUUCUUUGUGUGUAAAUAUCAUUCUGCUGUUUUUGAGAUUCUGUUGCUAUGAAGUGCCUGAAGUGGUGCUUUAUUGAUUUGUAUUUGGAUUUGUUUGCCUCACCAUCUACAUUGGUGGCAUGUGCUAAUAUAGAGAGCUUUAACAUGAUGAAACUAAAACAGACAUGUUCUGCUUUUUCGUUCUUCUCCUUGUUUUCGACACUUCUUUCGAAAGAACAACAGUAUUCCUCAAUCAAGUCUGACCUAUGAAAGGGCAGGAGAAGGUCCAUGUUGUACUUUGAAUCUGGAUCCUAAUUUAUAAAAUUCAUUUGUGUUUGAUUUUCUUCAAAAUCUCAGGAAAGUGAUUGUGAUUUGUACAGUACCUCAAAAAAAAAAAAAGGAUUAUGUUAUAGCACUACGUACUGCUGACAAAACUGAGUUUGGCUUCUGAUUUGCUUCUUCUAAAACUCUAGGUUUACCUCGACCAGUUAAAAAAAAAUGAAAAGGAUAUGACUAUGAAUGUAACCAGAACAUUUCUGGGAAGUUUGGGAGAAGAGUUUGAAGAGUUUCUGUUUUUUUUUUUUUUAUUCUUAUUGCUCUUUCUAAAUUACAUUUAAAUUCCAAUGUAGAUAUUGCUUUAAGUUUCGAAAGCAGAAUUGUGCGCCAGUAUUGACUACAGCACGUGUUCCUCCCUGCAUAGCACAGUUCAGACUCGCGAACGCUCUAUUAAGACAGGCACUAAGGUGUAUAUUAGGGAUGGUCAGAAACCAUGUCCACAUCAGAAUAUGCAGUAGAUGCCAGUAUUUGUGUGGUCGAAUAGAGUUGGGGCUGUACCAAAACGUUACAAAGAGGCUACCAGAUUCUUGAAGUGGAAACAUUUUCACAUAUAUUCUGUUUUUUUGUUUUUUUUUUGGACUCUGUCCUGCUGCUGUAUCGUGUUGGUGUAAAGAUACCUGAAGGAUCAUGUGUACCCUGCGUUCUGUUCUACCUCAGUUUAGCACUAUUUUCUCCGCAACUAGAACAGAAAGAUGAGAGCUUUGUGUCUUUUAACCUCUUUGGGUUUGCUCCGCUAUGAAGCCUCCGUUAAGAACAAGCUGCCUUUUUUGUUUUCUCCAAAAGAUUGAAACAACAAAUGUUUGUCUCAUGCUACCUGUGCAAUUCUUCUGCUAAGAGAGCCCUGAUGACUAAACACCCCCUUUGUGUAAAAAGCACGCAUCAUUGAUGGGGUCUCUUUGGGACACUUAUUGGGGCCGUUUUGCCUAAAGCCAGAAACAUAACCUACAAAAGUACACAAGUGCCCCUAACAAUGCAAGUUUGAAGAUUUUAAGUAAUCCGUUCUAAGAUGCAAAGUAUACAGAGAUACUUAAAUAAGCAUCAUCAUGUUUGUAAACUACUAUAAUGAUGACAUAAAAUGUAUAGUCUUAUUUAGCAAGUCUACAUUUUCAUUUGUAGACAGUUGAAGGAUAUUAUAUCACCCCCUAGAGGAUUGGAGUCUACCAUCACUACACACAGUGUUUUGAUUAUUAUUAUUAUGCAUUAGUAUACUUGCGUACGUUAUGUUUCUGGCUCGAGGUAGCACAGGAUGUUGGUAACUAAGAGGAAACCUUGUGUUUGAAUGUACUUUUGGUUCAUUUCUUGAUAUGUUUACUUUCUCAGCUCAUUUCAGUCAGCUUUUUAAUGUCUAGCACUAGAAUUUCUAUUUGUUCCCUUUGUCAGUCAUUAUUCUGACUUGUGUCCCAAAUAUUGGAGAAGAUGCACACUCUGUUUUCACCUUUUUGUUAGUCCACUGCAGUGUACUUUGACAUUAUUUUUGAGGUGCUUAUUUGCGUUUGGAGUCACCACACCUCCAAUACAUCUGUGUGCGCGUGCGUGCGUGUGUGUGUGUAUAUAUAUAUAUGACAUAUCCUUAAAGAAAAAUCUGUUUGCUUUAUUUGACAGACAUCCAGAUAGUCUUUUCAGUAGCUGUGAGACACCACUUACUUCACAAUGUUUGUAAAGUGAUGUGUACAUCCAAAGGACUAAGAUUUCUAGCCUUUGUUUGUCGUCUAAACUAAAGACCUACUUUUCUUUCUUC